AUGGAAAACAACGGAACCACCACCACCACAACGCUAUCACCUCACGAUGACGAUGAUUCACGACAUACAGACAAGCCACUAUCACACGCUCUGAAAGUGCUUACAUAUCUUGCCACAGCUGACAUUAUAACAUCUUCACUUUUUAUAUUAAAUAUUGCAUACACGGCAAUCAACGGAGAAGUAUUGCCGGACAAAUCCUGUCUCACUGUAGGACUGAUGACAGCCUCCGUGUAUGCCUUCAUAAAGCAUGCAAUCUUGGACGUUAUGACUGGAAACUUUGGACAGGCUCCGCAGUUAUGUCAGUUUGUGUGUGCGCAGUUAAUUGGGCAAACGUUGGGCCAACUCAAUACUGGUAUGAAGUGUUUGGAAACUACUGGAAAGCAUUCCUUAGCCAUUGCUGGCCUUGGCAUUACUUUUGCCACUUUUUUGAUUUGCGCUGUUUGCUAUCUUGCUAUUAUGGCAAAACUCAAAAGCUCUGGCAAAGAACUGGUUAAAACUACUGAACACGCUAUUAAACAUGCUGCUAUUGAACGGAGUGUUUUGAGAAGAAUAACUGGCUACAUUCUGAUAUUUUUUGUAAAAUGGCUUCCCGCUUAUAUAUGUGUAAUUGGAUUCUUUGGCGGACACACUAAACCAUGGGCAUUUAUGGUGGUUAUUAUAUCUAUAAAUCUUGGUGGUCCUGGUUACGCGAUUCAGUACCUCCUUUCCGAAGGCUUUUCGGAUGACUCGCCUGGCUCAUGUGAGCAAAGUAUAAUAAGACAGAGCACUUGUAUUAGAAGUCCUAAUCCGAGUUUUAUUCAAAGCGAGUCUACCCUUCGCGAUUCCACCCUUCGCGAUUCCACCCAGUCAAGCACAAAGAAAUCCAAUAGCCACAUUAAUGUCCUAGUUGUACCACCUUCUACAUUUCAUUAUUAA